AUGACAACAUCAUGCUAUGCGAUACAUAAUUUAUUUAAUAUUGCUCGAUUAUAUCCUCAGAAGAUAGCAAUAAUGCUUGACGAUCAAGUAUGGACUUAUAGCGAGUUGAUUAUGCAAGUACAACGUGUUGUAUAUCACUUACAUCACUUAUGCGUAGUUCAAGGUCAAAUAAUCUAUCAAUUCGUUGAACGGAGUUUUGAGAUGAUAUGUGGCUUUUUGGCUAUCAUAUAUGCAGGUGGAGUGUAUUGUCCAAUAAAUCCAGCAGUACCGUCUGAUCGUCUCAAUAUACUUCUUGAACAAAUGCAAGGUCAACAUGUUUUAGUACAUGAGAAAACUCGUAAUCAAUUUCCAAUAGCAGCCGUUCAGCAUGUUAUUAUAUUAGAUAAUAUUCUUUCUUCAUUACUGGAUGUCGAAGACAUGAGUGAUCUUCCAAUUUCUAGGGAGUAUGGUGCUACAUUCAUCAUUUUUACUUCAGGUACUACUGGACCACCAAAAGCAGUUGUUCAUACAUAUAAAAGUUUAUCGGCUAGUAUUGCUGCUUUUAUCCAAUGGAAUGCCGAUAUGUACACCACUCGAGAUCACGCUCUUCAAGUUGCUACAUGUUCAUGGACUUUACAUAUUACGGAAAUCUCAUUGCCAUUAGUCGUCGGUAGUACUCUUGUGCUUCUGCGACCAGGUGGUCAUUUAGAUGUGGCCUAUUUUUCUCAAACUCUAAUGAGGCAACAAAUAACGAUACUACUAACAGGUCCUGCAAUAAUUCGAGCUCUGACUAAUUAUAUUGAAAAUACCCAGAAAACGAAAACUUUCGAUUCUGUACGGCAUCUAUGUAUAACGGGCGAAGCAAUGAAGCCACAUGAAUGGAUUCAAUUUAUUAAUUUGCUAAGCUCUUCCAAUAUUCAACUUUAUUUUAUAUAUGGCAUGUCUGAAAGUAAUGGAGUUUUUGGAUGUCAAUUGUUAAAUAUCAAAGAUACAAAUAUUCCUAUUGGAUAUCCAUUCCCAGCUACUCGAUGUUUGCUAAUCGAUGAUGAUGGCAAAAUUAUUAAUACUACAGAUAAUUCAAAUAAAAUUGGUCAAAUUCAUAUAGGCGGACCAACUUUAUUUAACGGCUAUUUAAAUGAUCCCGAACAUACCGCUACCAGGUUUACAACCAUAAAUAAUCAAGUUUAUUUUAAAACAGGUGAUUUGGCUCGAUACAAUGCGCAAGGAAAGCUUUUUUAUGUUGGACGGGCUGACUUUCAAAUUAAAAUACGUGGCCAACGAGUCGAAACAACUGAAAUUGAAAAGACUAUUACGAAUUCGUAUCCCAACAAGAUUUCCGACUGUGUUGUUACUAAACUGGCACAAAAUGAUGAUCUACUUGUCGCAUAUGUGGUCUCAAAAGAAUCCGAGCUCGACACUGAACAAAUUCGAAAUCACUGCAAUAAAUAUCUUCAUCAAUACAUGGUACCAUCCAUCUUUGUCUUCUUAAAACAAUUGCCUUUGAAUGCGAAUGGAAAACUCGAUCGACGGCGUCUUCCAAUACCUGAUAUCUCACUUCUAUUGACUAACACUAAUGAUCUUCAAUAUAUAGAACCGAAAAAUGAAUUGGAAACGCUUGUUCAUUCUGUAUGGUGUGAAAUCCUUGGCUGUAAUCGAAUCUCGACGCUAACAAACUUUUUUAGUACUGGUGGUCAUUCUCUUCUAUUUAUUCGAAUCUAUCAAUAUUAUAGAACAUUAUUCAAUUUUGAUAGUGAAACAAUAAACACUCGGUCAUUCUUUGAACAUAAUACCAUAGCCGAACAUGCGAAACUACUAGAAAAUAUUAAGAUCAAUAAUAUAGACGCAAAACAAUGGUACACACUACAUAUUAAUCAAUGUAUUGCAUCAUAUGCUCAAGAGCGCAUAUUUCUUGAUGAGAAAAUGCGUUUUUCUGGAGAAAUUGCUAUUUACAAUGAGCUGACUGUUCUACAAGUUACAAAAGGUUCAUUAUCAGUGAAUCGUUUAUUGAAAGCACUUCACUGUGUCCUAAGUAAACAUAAGAUAUUAAGAACUUCUCUAGCUUUCAACAACGAUGAUGGUACUUUGAAACAAUCUAUUACUGAUGAACAUCUGACAUUUACUUUGGCUGCCGAUCAAACAUUCAGUAGUGUAACUGAACUUCACAAUAUGAUCUCACGAAUAAAUACUAAUCCUAAUUUGUUCGAUUUAUCAAGUGGUCGUGUUUUUUAUUGUCAAAUUCUCAAACAACAGAUGAUACCUAAUGAAAAUCAUGAUAAAGAAAUUAUUACAAAUUCUGAUGUUCUCGUUACCGGCUUUCAUCAUGCUGCAAUUGAUCAGUCAACUGUCACAAUUGUUUUAAAUGACCUAUGUAAUAUUUACAAUAGUAACGUGAUGUGGUUAGAUGAUGAAAAAUCAUUGCAAUAUAUUGAUUAUAGUGUCCUUGAACGUCUAAUCGACAUGACGUCAUCACGUAAGUUUUGGCGUUCUCAACUGAAUGGAUACAAUCAAGAAUGUCGAUUGUCAUUGCCAGUCGAUCGACAUUACUCAUAUAGUGAUCAACGAUCUGGAUAUGCUUCUACUGCUCAUAUCUCAUUUGAUAAUGAAGUUUCGAUAUCAUUUCUUAAUUAUGCAUCAUCACAUCAAGUUACACCAUUUCAAUUAUAUCUAGCUACAUUCUAUGCAUUUCUCUUCAAGCUAACACAUAGACAAAAUGAUUUAUGCAUUUCUUGUCACAAUGCAAAUCGAUACAGAGCUGAAUUACAGAAUAUGGUUGGAAUGUUUGUUUCAACAUUACCAUAUCGUAUUCAAGUUGAUUCUGAGUGGUCAUUUGAUGAACUUGUUGAACAUGUGCGAGAAAAAUGUUUAUCGAUUCUUGAACAUUCUCAUUAUCCAUUACAACAUAUUCUUAAUGACUCUCAACUUAAGCAACCAAACAUUCCAUUUCUUGAAACAGCGUUCAAUUUCAUCACUGUCUCCGAAAAUAAUCAGUGGUCUAUUGAUACAGCAACGUUGCAACAAUUACCAAUGCAGAAAUCUAAUCGUGCUGCUAAAUUUGAUUUUGGAUUGACUAGUCUUUAUAAUCCAAUAUCCGAUGAUAGGAAACUAUCAUUUUGUCUAACCUGCUCGCGUGAUCUAUUUGAUCAGACAACAGCUAUAAUCGUAGCUCAAAGAUUAAAACAUCUUGUCGAUCAACUUUUUUCAUCAAAAUCAAUUUCUGAUGAAAUUAAUCCGAGUCUUACAUCUAUAUCGAAACUUAGCUUGAUUUUACCGGCAGAAGCUAAAGAAAUUGAAGAUACUGUCUUUUGUCGACAACAGAAUAUUGUCAAUGAAGCACCAGCAUCAUAUGCACAAGCUCGCAUUUUGUUUAAUGAACGAGUUCGAUUUGAGCCAGACAAAUCACAAUUUGCAAUCUACAAUAUGCCUUUUCUCUACCGUAUUAGUAAAGGACAUACUUUAUCAAUACAGCAACUUCGGCAGGCUCUUCAGCUAAUUGUUAGAAAACAUCAAUCAUUUCGUACAUUACUUAACUUUGAUACAGAAAAGAAUUCAUUUAUGCAACGAAUUGUUGACAUCUAUGAUGAUACUAAUAGAUUAUAUGCAUUAAUCGAAAAUACUUACGAAACACAAGAACAACUCAAUGAUAUCCUACAUAAAGAAAAAUAUAAUCCUCAACGUUUUGAUGUUGCUCAAGAUCUUGUCUUUCGAUGUCAUCUUGUUUACUACAAACAAAUCUCUUCAAAUGAUCUACUUUCUGAUAAAGAUCUACUUAUCUUUAACUUUCAUCAUUCUAUAUUUGACUAUCCAUCAAUGAAUAUAUUUCUUCAUGACCUCAAUCAAGCAUAUAAAACAGGUCAAUUAUUAUAUAAUGACAACACUAAUCUUCGUUAUCUUGAUUAUGCUGUUACUGAACAACAAAUGCCAAUGACUGGUGCAAGUAUGUUUUGGCUUGAUGCUCUUCAUGAUUGUAAACUUGAUCAACCUUUAUCAUUACCAUUUGAUCGAUAUCGUCUUGCAAAUGAACAUCGAACUGGCCGUAGAACAUCUGUUUCUUUUGAUUUUGAUCAAAAUCUCUCACAUGAAUUUCUUACACAUGCAUCAUCAAAUAGCAUAUCACUUGAGCAUCUUACAUUUGCUAUUUAUUUUAUCUUUCUAUUUAAACUAACUAAUGGACAAACAGAUUUAUGUCUGGCUAUGAACAUCAGCAAUAAUCGAUAUAGAGAUGAACUCAAAGCAAUCAUUGGACUUUUUGAGAAUAUCAUUCCAUUACGAUGCCAAUUAAAUCCUCAUUGGUCUUUUCAUCAAUUACUGGAACAUGUUCGAGAUAUAACAACGAAGAGUAUGAAAUAUUCAUUUUUUCCACUACAACGUAUUAUCGAUCUACAUCCAAAUAUUUCUGAAUAUGAAUUUUUGAAUACAUCUUUGGAGUUUAUAUCACAUAAGAGUAACAUAAACAACAAUUCAAUAAUGAUUGGUGAUUCUGAAAUUGUUCCAGCUUCUUCCUCAUUCAACGAGAAUGAAGAUGAAAUAUUAAGUGUAACCGACUUCUCUCUUUCUAUUUAUCAUGAUAUGAACAACAAUCAACUAUCAUGCACAAUCAAUGCAUCACUUGAUUUGUUCGAAAGAGAGACAUUAGAGAAGAUUUCACAACGAUUUCAUUCAAUGUUAGAUCGAUUAUCUACAUCUAUUAUUGAUAAUCAAAUGAACAAACCAAUCUAUGAGUUAUCAUUAAUAUUAUCAAACGAACAAUAUCUGAUGCAAGCAUUGAAUAAUACACAAGUAUCAUUUUCAGCUCCUGUCACUUGUAUUCAUCAUGAAUUUGCAUAUCAAGUAAUGAAACAUCCACAGAAACUAGCUGUUGAACUAGAUGAACAAUCAUUGACAUAUUGUGAACUCUUGUACUAUGUUCAAGUGUUAUCUUUAACUCUUCUUAAUGAAUACCAUAUCUUUCCAGGUGAGGUUGUGAUCGGUAUAAUGGCGAUUGAAAUGGCUGGUGGUGUCUAUUGUCCAUUAUCACCUCGAGAUCCACAACAUCGUUUGCAUGCACUCACACAACAAACACAAAGUCGUCUUGUUCUUGUUCAUUAUUUAACUAAGACCAAAUUCGAUGAUGAUAUUGCUUCACUUGAUAUUGAUUCAGUAUUAACGGGUCACGUUACUGAGUGUGUUAUUAAUGUGAUCCGACUAUCGAAAACUACAACAGUGCCACACGAUAUCGCGUAUAUUAUUUUUACAAGUGGUUCAACUGGAACACCUAAAGCGGUUCAAGUUCGACAUGAGAAUUUUAUUGAUUGUAUACAUUCUUUGACUUACAUUGACUCAUUUAAUAAAGAUGAUACAGUUGCACAAAUGACACGAUGCUCAUUUGACAUUCAUGUUCAAGAAAUAUUUGGUACAUUGUUGGUUGGAUGUACAGUGAUUAUGCUUCAUCCAGGCGGAAUGACUGAUUUUGACUAUUUAUCCAAUGUCUUACAGAAAAAACAGAUCACAUAUCUAAGUACUGUUCCAAGUCUUCUGCAUAGUUUUUUCAGUUUUAUCGAGAAGAACGAAAGAGUAAAUGCUGUGAAAUAUCUUCGAUCACUGUGCAGCGGUGGUGGACCUUUUUCUGUUCCUUUAAUUAGUUUGAUUGUGCAAGUCGGUAUAAAAAAUGGUAUUGUAUGGAAUUUGUAUGGUCCAGCUGAAACAACUAUAACUUGUACAGUUCAUCGUGUGAACGUUAGAAAUAAUAUACAGAGCAUUUCAAUUGGUAGACCACUUUCUAAUUAUCGAUGUAUGAUUAUGAAUCAAUAUUUACAAUCAUCUGUUACCGACCAAGAAGGUGAGCUGCUAGUGGCAGGAGCAGGCAUCUUUGCUGGUUAUCUUGGACGUGAUGAUUUGACUGCAAAGGCUCUUGUUGAAAUAGAUGGUCAACUAUGUUAUCGAACAGGUGAUCUUGUUAGAAUGGAUAACAAUUGUCUUCCUCAUUAUCAAGGAAGAAAAGAUCAUCAGGUAAAAUUACAUGGACAACGAAUCGAACUUGGUGAAAUCGAACGAUGUUUACUUAGCAUUACAUCCAUCUCUGCUUGUGUUGUCAUGAAAUGGAAUGAUGCCUACUUAGUUGCUUAUGUUCAAUCAUCUCAUAUCAAUGAAGAACAACUACGCCAACAUUGUCAAUCUCAUCUUCCACCACAUAUGAUACCAUCAAUAUGUGUUAUACUUGAUAAAUUACCUUUGAAUCAAAAUGGAAAAAUAGAUCGAAAACUUCUGCCUCCGCCUCAGUUUUCAGCUGGCAACAAUAUUCAGUGUAUCGACUCGUUGACAUUGACACCACUUGAAGAACAUCUGCGGCACAUUUUUAAGAAGGCAUUUCAUAAUGAUUCACCUAAUGUAAAUACGCCAUUCGGACAGAUGGGUGGUACUUCACUCGAUGCUAUACGAGCCCUAUCGCUUAUUCGACAAGAAGUAUGCACUAAAGUUGAUGCUCCUCUUCUAUUUGCCAAUCCAUCUAUUCGACAACUUGCACGGGCCAUUGAACCUUUAUUAGUUCGACACGGAGACUUGACUAUUCCAGUUGCCGCUUUGUCAGUAACGGAAUAUCAAGAUCGACCAAAACCAUGUUUAUAUAUCGAAAUAUCAGGCAUUCUGUUACUUAUGUCUUUGUGCUGGACAAUGUGGACAUUAACAAGCCUCUUUAUUGCAACAUUUCUACUGAAAUUUGUCGUGAGAUUUGUUACUUCAGGUCACUAUCCACUUAAUUCUAUAUAUUAUUUGCAUAAAAUAUGGUUACGUCAAUUGAUUAUAACAUCAUUUCGUUAUUCAUUCGAUUUUGUACCAUCAUAUGACGUUUUUGCAUCUAUGAUUCUACGUUGGUUAGGUGCUCAAAUUGAAGAUGAUGUGAAAUUCGCUGAAUUUCGAGAGAUUAUUUACUUUCCAUCAAAUUUACUUCAUAUCAAAAGUGGUGUGACAACAUUUGGUGGAGCUAAACCAGCUCCUUUCGAAAUGACAAAAGAAGGUCGUUGUUUUCUCGAUGAGAUAUAUCUUAGUUCAGGUUCAAAUCUCACUAAUUGGUGUACAAUCAUGCCAGGUGCACGACUUGUAUCUAACACAAUGGUUGGUAGUCUUACUUUAGUUCAACAAGAUACAGUUAUUAAAGACAUGAAUCGUGUUUUACUUGGUAUUCCAGCUCGUGAAAUGCCCUUUAGCUUGCCUUCUUCCACAUCACUUGUCAAUGAUUUAACAUCAUCAUCUUCAAACUAUGUAUCUUUUUAUAGUAUAUUGAUUACGUGUAUCAGUUUCUUUAUAAGUAAAUAUAUUAUCAUCACUCUGUAUUCAUCAUUACCGUUUGGCAUUGCACCAUUUCUUCAUCUUAUUCUUGUGUGUAUUCCUUAUUAUUAUUUGGUUUCAAUUAAAAAUAACAGAACACAGUCUCUAUUUUCUAAGAUAAUUAUUCACCUUCCAUGGUUCUUUCAUACAUUCAUAAACGAUUUUUACGUCUUGGUCGGAUCAUAUCUAUCUGGAACACAAUAUCUUGUUUUUCUUUAUCGUAUUCUUGGUGCUGAGAUUGGAUUUGAUGUCAUUCUACCUAAUAUCACCUGUGUUACUGAUCCUCAUCUGACAACUAUCGGUAAUCAUGUUCGUUUACACAUGGGUGCUCAUGUUCAGUGUCAUACAUUUGAGCAACGUUUGUUGAAAUUUGUACCAGUGACUGUCAAUGAUUCGAGCGUGAUUAUGAGUAAUUCAUUGGUACUUUCUGGAGCACAACUACAUGGACACAAUCGCUUACUACCAUGGACAUUUGUGAUGAAGGAUGAUCAAGUACCAGCUAAAACUAAUUGGUCAGGAGUACCAGCACGACAAAUUCAAAUAUGA